AUGUUUAGAGAUACUCAAAAAAUUAUUGUAGAGGAUGGAGUUGCUCCGUCGGCCCCAUAUGUCAUAAACAUCAGAAUGGAAGAUUUGUUAGAAAAAUUAAAGUUAUUAAGUUAUGAUGCAGAAUUUGUGCAAAAUCUAAAAAUGAAACCGGUAAACAGGCACUACUUUGUCGUCCCAACCAAUCCUGGAGAGCAAUUCUAUACAUUUACUUGUCUGGCUGCAUGGUUGAUUAGAAAGGCUGGGAAAAAUUUCGAAAUGCCUCAAGAAUCAGAUGACCCUAAUUCGACAAUAGCUUUAAUCUUGGAUUAUCUCAGAGAUAUUGACAUUCCUGUAGAAUUUCCACCCAAUAAGCUCAAACAGGGUACUGGGGAACAUGCAGUUUAUGUUUUAGAUAAUUUGGCUGAUAAUGCAUUAAAGAUAGAAAACUUCAAGUGGAACAAAGCUAACAUCCCACCUGAUGAACCUACACCAGAACCAGAUAUUGAAGAUGAUGAUGCUGAAUUAAUUUUAGAGAAGGUCGAAGAGGAAAUGAUGGCAGAGUAUGAUGAUGAAGAUCAAGAUGUCCUGCACAUAGACGACAUUACAAAAUUUUACAGCCAAAACAUUAAUGAGGCACAAAAACCAGACAGCAUUUUAGAGUCUAAAACUAAUAGGGAUGAAUGGCAAUUAGAAUUAGAAAAAGUUCUACCUCGAUUGAAAGUGACAGUUAAGACAGAUUCAAGGGACUGGAGAGCACAUCUCGAACAAAUGAAACAACUGCGUGUGAAUAUUGCAAACAAUUUAAGCGGGACAAAAACUCAUUUGAAUAAAAUAUAUACCGAUAUCGGGAACACUUUAGAUAAAAUAAAAACCAGAGAGACUUAUCUGAAUAGGCAACUCGAGCCUUCUUUGACGGAAUAUCGCACAUUGCAGGAGGAAUUAUCAAAAGUUAAGGAUCAAUACAGAGAUGUUAGCGGUGGUGUUACUGAAAGAACAAGAGUUUUAUCUAAAUUAAUGGAGGAACUGGAACACGUAAAAAGAGAAAUGGAUGAAAGAGGAUCCAGUAUGACAGAUGGAACGCCGCUUAUUAACAUAAAAAAGACGAUUACGAAGAUGAAAUAUGAAAUCUCUGAGAUGAAUAUUCGUAUCGGUGUAUUGGAAUAUAGUUUAAUGUGCGCGAGAAUACGAGAUCGAACUCAGUUACGAGAGGACAUGAACAGCACAAGUGCUUCAGUAAUAAUCUAAGUCGUACAUUGAUAUAACAUCUUUAUUACAUUUGAUUACAUUGACUUAUAUCCCAAUCCGCUCAAUAUGUGAUGUCACAUUGUGAAGUCAAAGUUUAAAAAGUUUUCAUACAAUUCUUGGAGUGUGCUUUAACGUUUGCAUUUCUGCACAUGAUGAUAGCGAAAGGUUAUUAAGAACAAAAUUACAUUCAGACCUCGAUAUAGAAUUUCUUUUCUCUCUCUUUAAGCAGCACAUCCUGGCAUGAUAUAUAUCGAGAGUCGAAUGUGUAUUAUUACCACGGGUCCAAUUAUUCUCUGCCUUCAAUAGAGUUAUAAUAAUAUAAUUAUAUGGAACUGAAAAUACACACACAUAAUAUACACACUGUUGAUCGCAAUGUAAAACGUAUGAAUUUUUCGUUAGCACUUUACAUACGUUUAUAUAUUAUUAUAGUAAUUGUGAUAAUCUACACAAUCGCAAAAUGACUGUUAGAUAGGUUUCCUCUAUGUUAAAUAAAUUAUGUUUUUAUUAUCAACAGCUGAAUCAAUGUUGGUUCAUUCAUUUGGAAACAUCUUGCCUGUCAUAAAAUUUUGAAACUUUUUUCAUCGAUUGUCUCAAAUAUUCAUGCAAUGAAAAAUCCGGUGAAGUAAUAAAUAACU